UCUUCUCUUAUUCUCUUGUCCCUUGACUGCCAUGGCGCCAGGGACAGCCCAGGCCGAGCAGCUCCUCCUCCACCCGGACCCGGAGCAGCGCCGGCGAGCGCCGGAUUGCCGCCAUGCAUGGGGCCUCUCGGUGGCAGUCCUGCUCCUGCUGCUGCCUUCCGCCGCCGGCCUUCACCCUCCUAUGAUGUUCUGCGCGCCGCCGCCGGAGACAGUCCCGCUGACCCUCCUUGCCGGUGCGCAGGAGAAGGGAGCAGAUUUCUACAACUGGAACAAAGUGUAUGUGCGCUACUGCGACGGGGGAUCAUUUUCUGGGGAUGCGGAAGGUCAAGCGCCGGAUGGAAGUACACUUCACUUUAGAGGAUUGCGCAUCUAUGAGGCAGUUAUUGAUGAAGUCAUGGAAAAGGGACUUGCCAAUGCUACCCAGGCUCUUCUUACAGGUUGCUCUGCUGGUGGUCUAGCCACGAUGCUACACUGCGAUGAUUUUAGUGCAAAGUUUCCUCAAGAGGUUUCAGUUAAAUGCCUUGCCGAUGCUGGGUUUUUUAUUGACGUAAAGGAUAUAUCUGGAGAAAGGACCUUUUGGUCUGUCUUUGAUGGUGUUGUUCAGCUCCAGAAUAUUAGAGAAGUGUUGCCCAAGGACUGCCUUGCCAAAAAGAAGCCAAAAGAGUGUUUCUUCCCCGCCGAGCUUAUAAAGAGCAUCCACAGCCCAAUGUUUAUUCUCAACUCUGCAUACGAUUCAUUUCAGGUACGAUAUGUUCUCAUACCGGAUUCGUUGGCUCCUGAUAAUUCGUGGUUGUGUUGCAAACAUAAUAUCCGGAACUGCAAUUCCACACAAAUGGAAUUCCUCAACGGAUUCAGGAACGCGAUGGUGGAUGCAUUGAAGGUUGUCGAAGAUAAAGAGGGAUGGGGAUUGUUCAUUGCUUCAUGCUUCACUCACUGCCAAACGGUCUCUGACAUCUCUUGGAAUUCACCAUUCUCCCCUAGGCUUGGAGAUAAGACAAUUGCUGAGGCUGUAGGAGAUUGGCAAUGUGGAUGUAGCGAAAGAGUGAAAGAGAUUGACUGCGAGUACCCAUGCAACCCAACAUGCAGCAGACAGUUGCCGUCGAUGUAA